AUGCCGAAACAAGUUCUCACAUUUAAUGUCCCAUAUAGACAUCCAUCCUGUUGGUCCCUUUGGUCGAGUGCCUAUCUAGAUGGCCAGAAUACUCGUGUAAUCACUCUGCCCUUGUACCGUAUUGCAUGGCCACCUUGUCCCGUUCAAGUUGAUGACAAAGCGCUGGCCGUCACUUUUGACGAUGACUUCCCUCCGCUCGGCGCCGCUCCAAAGGAUAGGAACGACUUGCCUUUCCGACCUUAUCUUCCACAUGGACCGCAAGACCAAUCCGUGCGCUCUGGCACUCCGACUCUUCCACCUGGUCUCCCCCUUCCUCAUGGCCAUCCCGCAGCAGCCCUACUUCAGCAGGACGUCUCCAACCCGCAGAGUCCGGCGUCGUCUGUCUCUUAUCCGGUACACCCUCCACCUGGGCUUUCUUUUUCUCGCCGGGGGACCCCAGUCCAGAAGCCACAGGAGAAUAUCUCCCGGAAGCAAACCCCGGUGGUGAAAGAGACCCAGGGUGACACGCCUUCUGCAGAAAGACCCAAGAACCCUGCAGAUAUCUCAUUGGGCUCUCCCAAGCCGAAGCCAGCCAACAGAAAUAAUCGUGAAGAAAAAGCCGCGGAACCCUCCCCUGCCACUGAGAAGGAGUCUGCUGCAGCAUCCACAGAGACACCCAAGCGCGCGGAGCGCAGCAGUAAGAAGGCGAAGCCGAUCAAGCUCAACCUGGCCAUGCCAACGCCCCAGCUGUCUGAAGUUGCCACUACGAAGGAGGAGACAUCCAGUCAAAAUGCGCCAGCUGUAACCUCAGCGCCAGCGCCGGCGCCGGCGCCGUCUUCGCAGAUUGGAUCCCGACCGAAUACGCCGCUGACUGGUGUUUCGCGCACUUCUGACUCGUCAGGUCCACGCGGGCCGAGAGUGCUUCGUGUUGUCGAUACUCCGAAAAACGAGACUCCGCCGCCCCCUUCUGAAUCGCAGUCAGCGUCAUCUGCUGCUGCGUCAAAAGAUGCGUCGAAAGAUUCGUCGAAAGAUGCGUCGAAGGAUGCAUCCAAAGAUGCAUCAAAAGCACGAUCCAGACGGCCAAGUCUAUCUUCAUUGAGCAGACCUGCCACUCCUGGAGACGUGGGUUCUGAUUAUGAUCCUAACACGUCUGCGUCGGUAUCCCGUGCUAAUUCACCACCGCCCUCGCGGGUGGGGUCAGCGCCAGUCCGGACGAUGACUAAGAGCCAGGCGAAGAAAGAACGGAGACUCAAGGCGAAGCAGGCAGAAGAAGCGAAGAAGGAGGAGGUGAUGGCCUCGACCCCCGUGGAAGAACCCGUGCAGGCGCCGAUUAUAGGUAGAAAACGCAAGACCAAGAAGACUCCGGUGAGCAGCUCAGAACAGUCUACGACGGCCGCGACGACUUCGACGGAUAAAGAGGAACAGAAGUCUGAUGCGAACCGGAAGGCCGGCAAGUCCAAGGACAAGGCUACCAAGGACGAAAAAUCGGCAGCGGCCGAGGAGAAAAAGCCAGAAGAGAAGGAUAACGUUGAGGCAUGGAAAACUAAUAAUACCAUCGAACAGUUGCUCAAGGAUGCGGAAUCCUCUGGCCGGUCCAUCAAGGAGCUCUUCCUCGAGAGGACGUCUCCUCUUCAUGCCGUUCUUGGGCAGAUGCACAAGGCCGGCGAGAUUGAUCUGAAUACACACCCUCUGUUUAACCCACCCAAUCUCAACCAGCGUACCGAUAUGAAGUGCACAGCGGACGAUUAUGACAACCUAAAGCGACCCAUCGAAUUGACAGAAGAACAUAGGAAGAUGCUGCUCCGGGGUGAGCCUGUUCGGAUCAACCAGGAUUCAGAUCUUCUAAAGAACCGGUGCCUGAUCACUCCACGUGGAUGUGUCUUACGCAACCUCUCUAAGGAGGAGGAGGAUCGGUAUCUCGAGCUGGAGAAGCGCGUAAGCCCUGAGGCGAUGCAAGAGUUCCCAGCCAUCUCAAUGAACGAACCGGACCCGACGAACAUGAAUGGCGGUCUGGAUGCUCUCUUUGCCACGCCCGAGAAGUUCAACAUCCGCUGGGUCGAUGAUGUAUCUCAGAUGAACCUGACCUUGGACUCAACUGGGGGCUGUGGUGACGGAGGCGGACACAUCCGCAGCGUCUUCGACGACGGCAUCUGCGCCGCUAAAUGUGCUGUCGACGAUGGAGGCGGAUAG